AUGUUGCGUACUUCAGCGCUCGUUCUUUCACCAAUCCUCUUACUCCUCUCACCUCUCUUACUUACGGUGGCCUUGUCUUUCAGCACCGUGGCCAUGUUCACAUCCAUUCUCGCACUAGUUAUCAUAUGUAUACGUCUCGGAUUCUUAGUCUUGGAAUUCUCGGGAGGGGUCGUUUUCGACGUUGUCUACUGGGGUGUGCACAAAUACCUCUUGUCCCCGCUAUCCUUUCUGUUUCCCGCUCAAGCAACGACCAACCUCUCGUCCUUGCAUCCCUCGUCGAGGUCACCUUCGUAUGUCGUCCUAAAAGACGCAUCAAACGUACACAGCGGUAUACGCCCGAGCUCUAAUAACCACACCUACGUAAAUCCGCUCGAACCAAACUACAACUAUCUCUCAACAAAAAAGCGAUACUCUUCAACACACAAACGCAGAGGAUCAAAAAAAAACAUGUGGGAGAAGGAUGCCCUGAGCGAAAAGUUGGGUGCCGAGGGACUGGACAAACUGAGUGGAGACGCACUUGCCAAGAACAAGCUUAUUGACGGGUUAUGGAUGGGGAACGUAUUCGAUGUCAAGAGACCUUUGUCAAAGAGAUCUGUUAGUGGCUACAUGUGA